AUAUAUAGGUAUAUCCCGAGUGCUCUUUUGAAUCACGUGUUUCUCUUUUUUCGUGGAACUGUCUUCGAAACCAGUUUUGAAAAAUGAACCAUUUUACCAACCAGGUAUCUACAAAAUAAUAUAAACAGUCGAAUACGCAUUACGCAUUAUGUAGUAGAGAUGGAAUAGAACUGCUGCGAACCGCGUGUAUCAGGGAUGUUUCGAGGAUGUUAAAGAUAUGUACUGCAGUGAUUUUUUAAAUGAAUUUAUACUUGUGAAAGUUUUCAUAAACGAAUAGUUUCGUGAUGAAUAAGUAUGUAGUAAUAGUUGAAUAAUUGCAUUUUUGCCACCGUGAAGAACUAUCAAAAAUCACCUGAAUAAGCAUUAAAAAGCACAUGGCACGUAAAUCUUAUCAAUUUAUAGUAGCAUUAGAAUAAGAAGUAUUCUGCCAAUGUCGUGUUCAGUGCAUCAACACAUGAAAAAAUAUUCACUUUUGCUUCCAAAUUGUUGAAAAAAAAUUCAAGUACAAGACAGUUUCGCAGAUAUGGCUGUUUUACAUUACUAUCUAAAAUCUCCGUCGAACACGUUUGCUGUUGAACGCAAGUUACAAAAUUUACGUCGGUUCGAUGCAGUCAAAAAAAUCGAUUUUGAGUAUUGCUUCAAUAUUCAAAUCGAUGAAGAAUUUUUCGCUGAUGAUGUGAGAAAAAUAAAAUGGAUAUUGUCCGAUUUAGUGUCGGAGGAAAAUAAUUUCAAGGAAUCGCCGUUUUUAAAAUCAACAUCCAAUAACCAAUUUCUUAUUGAAAUUGGCCCCAGGUUGAAUUUUUCUACUCCAUUUUCAACAAAUGCAGUAUCAGUUUGUCACUCAGCUGGUUUAACGCAAGUGGCACGAAUUGAAAAAUCCAUUAGAUAUUUGAUCAGUGUCGAGAAUAAUGCAGGGAAUGGAUUAAAACAAGAGAUAACGAACGCUUUACACGAUCGUAUGACCGAAUAUCUGUAUGAAAAUCCCAUCACAUCGUUUGAUCACGGUGUCAAGCCCCAACCUUGGUACAUUGUCGAUGUCAUGAGUAAAGGCAAGAAAGCCUUGGAAGAAAUAAAUGAAGAUUUGGGUUUGGCGUUCGAUGAUUGGGAUUUAAAUUUUUACACCGAGUUGUUCAACGAAAAAUUGAAAAGAAAUCCAACCAGCGUCGAGUGCUUUGACUUGGCUCAGUCGAAUAGUGAACAUUCUAGACAUUGGUUUUUCAAGGGGCUUCUCAACAUAGACGGCAACGCCAUCCCCGAAUCGUUAUUCAAAAUCAUCAUGGACACUCAGCAAUUUUCAAAUCAAAAUAAUGUCAUCAAAUUCAACGAUAACAGCAGUGUCAUACAAGGUUUCCAAGUAAAAAAACUCAAACCGAAAUCAACCGAUAAGCCGAGUCAAUUCGAAACUGAAAAUAGCACUCAGCAUUUAGCAUUCACAGCUGAAACUCAUAAUUUUCCCACAGCUGUGUCUCCCUUCAGCGGAGCAGCUACUGGAACUGGAGGUCGUAUCAGAGAUGUACAAGCAGUAGGUAGAGGGGCUAAUGUGAUCGCUGGCACUGUAGGUUACGCUGUUGGGAAUUUAUUGAUACCAGGUUAUAAUUUACCUUGGGAGGAAAAAACAUUACAGUACUCGUCGACUUUUGCCAAACCUCUCGAUAUAAUCAUCGAAGCCAGCAACGGAUGCUCUGAUUAUGGAAACAAGUUCGGCGAACCUGUCAUUUGUGGAUUUACUCGUUCAUAUUCGUUCGUCAAUGAGGGAAAUCACCAACGAAUCGAAUACAUUAAACCUAUUUUAUUUAGCGGUGGAAUGGGCACCUUAGAUGACAGAUUUAUUAUCAAAGAAAAACCAUCAAAAGGAAUGAAAGUUGUUAAAAUUGGAGGACCAGUUUAUCGUAUUGGAGUUGGAGGUGGUUCUGCAAGUUCAACUAAGGUACAAGGCGACAAUAAAGCUGAAUUAGAUUACGGUGCGGUCCAAAGAGGAGAUCCAGAAAUGGAACAAAAAAUGAAUCGAGUGGUCAGAAGCUGCAUAGAAAAUUCCAACAACCCCAUUUUAAGCAUACACGAUCAAGGAGCUGGUGGAAAUGGAAACGUUCUAAAAGAGCUGGUAGAACCGGAAGGAGCAGUCAUUUGCUGCAAAGCUUUCGAACUAGGAGAUCCGUCCAUAAACGUAUUGGAAUUAUGGGGCGCCGAGUACCAGGAAAAUAAUGGAAUAUUAUGCAGCGAUGAUUCUAUAGCUGAAUUGAAAUCUAUAGCCCAUCGAGAAAGAUGCCCUAUUAAUGUGGUCGGUACAGUUACCAAUUCAGGAAGAAUUAUCCUGGCUGAAGAAUUCACUGAUUAUGAAAAUAUUUUAAACGGUGAACCAGUCGAUGGCAAACGAUUUCCAGUUGAUUUAGAAUUGGAAUUGGUUCUUGGAAAAGUCCCCAGAAAGGAGUUCGAAUUAACUCGCGAGCCAGCUCUUUUCAAACCUCUAAAUUUACCAGCCAAUUUGCAAAUUUGGGAAGCACUGAACUUAGUUCUCAGGCAUUUGACCGUCUGUAGCAAGAGAUUCCUCACCAAUAAAGUCGAUAGAAGCGUUACCGGUCUUGUAGUACAACAGCAAUGUGUAGGUCCUUUACAGGCUCCAAUUUCAGAUGUGGCUGUCACUGCUAUCUCUUAUUUUGACCCGCAUGGAAUAGCGACCAGUAUUGGCGAACAGCCCAUCAAAGGAUUACUCGACCCAGCAGCCGGAGCAAGAAUGAGUGUUGCCGAAGCUUUAUCGAAUUUGGUAUUCGCCAAAAUAUCCUCAAUAAAAGAUAUCAAAUGUAGUGGAAAUUGGAUGUGGCCAGCUAAAUUACAAGGCGAAGGAGCUAAUCUGUACGAUGCCUGUGUGGCCAUGUGCUCUAUUAUGAAAUCGGUUGGAAUUGCAGUCGAUGGUGGAAAAGAUUCACUCAGCAUGGCUGUUCGACUUGAUAACCAAGAAAUAGUCAAAUCACCUGGUACCUUGGUUAUUUCUACCUACGCUCCUUGUCCCGAUUUCAGUAAAAUAAUAACAGCUGAUGUGAAAUCAUCUCAAUAUGGCAUAAAUGGUGUUCUCUUAUUAAUCGAUAUAUCAGCUGGAAAAAAACGUUUAGGAGGUUCUGUAUUAGCCCAGUGUUACAAACAACUCGGUCAAGAAGUUCCCGAUAUUGAAAAUCCAUCUCGUUUAGUUUCUGCGUUUGAAAUCACUCAGAAAUUAAUCGAAGAAAAUAAAGUUCUCUCCGGACAUGAUAUCAGUGAUGGUGGAUUUAUAACAACGGUGAUUGAAAUGGCUCUAGCAGGAAUGUCUGGAGUAAAAAUUUCAAUCCCAAAAAGCACGAGUGACAUUGUGACGGAUUUAUUUGUUGAAGAAUGUGGAUGGAUCUUAGAAUGUGAAAGCCAAGAUUCCACCUACAUUAUUGAACAGUUUACGAAAAAUAACGUCACUUGCUCGAAAAUUGGAACUGUCGAAGGAUAUGGAAUGGAUUCUGAAGUUACCAUAGAAUUGGGUGGUGAGGUGAUUUUGAACGUAGAUUUGAAUACGCUUUGUGCCAUUUGGGAAGAUACCAGUUAUCAAAUUGAAAAACUGCAAAUGAAUCCUGUUUGCGCCAAUCAAGAAUACAAAUCUUUUCAAAAUCGCAAAAUUCCAGAUUACGAUUACAGUCUUGAAAUUAACCCUUCCAGACCUUUACCUGUAAUAAAUAUUCAAGUCGCUCUGAUUCGCGAAGAAGGCCUAAAUGGAGAUAGAGAAAUGGCUGCUGCCCUACACAUGGCUGGUUUCGAAGUAUGGGAUUGCACAAUGCAAGACUUACUCGAUGAAAAAAUAACCAUAGAACGUUUUCGAGGAAUCAUUUUCCCUGGAGGAUUCAGUUACGCCGAUGUAUUUGGAGCAGCAAAGGGCUGGGCUGCCACUCUGCUUUACAAUAAGAAACUCUACGACCAGUUCGAAGCAUUUUACAAUCGCAACGAUACGUUUAGUUUCGGCGUUUGCAACGGAUGUCAACUAAUGAGUCUUAUAAAAUGGAUAGGCAGAGAUGGAUCGAAAUUCAAGGACUCUCAAAUCGAGUUGAAAGAAAAUUUGUCAGGAAGAUUUGAGUCUAGGUUUUCAUCAGUGAAAAUCACCAAAUCACCGGCAAUUAUGCUGAAGGGGAUGGAAAACAGCAUUUUAGGAGUGUGGGUUGCUCACGGCGAAGGACGAUUUACGUUUUCAUCGGACGAAUUCGAAGAAUACUUGAAUGCGAAAAAUUGCAUAGCAGUGAGAUACGUAGACGACCGAAAUGAAGCUACAGAACAAUAUCCAUUCAAUCCUAACGGCAGUCGAGGUGGUGUAGCUGGCAUAUGUUCAGCAGACGGUCGUCAUUUAGCCAUGAUGCCUCAUCCAGAGCGUUGCGUGCAAUUCUGGCAGUGGCCCUAUAUUCCCGCCAAAUGGAAAAAAAUCAUGAGCACUUCGAGUCCCACCGACAACUUAUAUUCUCCGUGGUUCCAAAUAUUUCUCAACGCUUACGCAUGGUGUACUGAUAAAGUUUCUAAUUGAACUAAAUAAUGCGAAUUAUUCGCUUUUCUGUGGCCUUUUCAUGACUGUGAUGAUAUUUUAGUUCAUCAAUCUGAAAUUAAUUUAAGCCAUCCGAGAUUUUUUUGUAUAUUAUAUAAUAAUAAAUACAAUCUCAUGAAUUUUU